AUGCCUGCCUUUUUGCUCUUAAAUAUCUUGAUCCUCAUUCAGCCAGCUUUGCAGGUAUCAGAGAGUGACAGCUUUCUGAUAUAUAAUGAAAACCUCAAGCUUUGUAUUCAGGCUCAGAAAUCUCAUUCCCCCAUCCUGGACUACUGUGAUAAAGACAAUGAGGGGCAACAUUUUAAGUGGAUUUCCAAUGACCGGAUUUUGAACAUGGCAGUGAAGUUAUGCCUGGCAGUGCCUUCCAAGUCAGACCAGGCCCGAGUCAUGCUCUCCCCCUGUAAUGAGACCACUGAACUUCAGAAAUGGGAAUGCAGAAAUGACAACCUCCUUGUUCUUGAUCAGGAAGAUUUGUUUUUAAAUCCCGAGGGUGGCCAAAAAAGUCGUCUUAUGCUGUCUAAAGUAGCCACCAGCAAGAGUACCUGGAAGAUCUAUAGAACGAAAGAAAAUUUGUGUUCUAAGCACUAUGAAGCUCUGUAUACCUUAAGGGGCAAUGCCCAAGGAGCCCCCUGUGUAUUUCCAUUCAAGUAUCAGGAUAAAUUGUAUGCUCAAUGCAUAAGAGAUGGUGAUGAACAUGGACAACUUUGGUGUGGAACAACUGCAGAUGUGGAUAGAGACUCUUUAACUGGAUAUUGUCCAAUAAAAGAUGACCAUGAUGAAUUUUUCUGGACCAGAAACCACUGGACCGGGGACUUCUAUCAGAUCAAUUCUGACUCAGCUCUAACAUGGUACCAAGCAAGAAAAAGUUGUCAGCAACAGAAUGCAGAAUUACUGAGCAUCACUGAUUUACAGGAACAAGUGUAUGUGACAGGAUUAACAAGUUGUAUGCCUACUGACCUGUGGAUUGGGCUGAACAGUUUAGAUGAUGAGAGUGGAUGGCAGUGGAUGGGCAACUAUCCUUUAAGAUAUUUAAAUUGGGCUCCAGGCAGCCCAACUCCAGAAACAGAAAAAAUAUGUGGAUCAAUGCUGUCUAAGGUUGGCAAAUGGGAGAAAAAUAAGUGUCAAGAGAAACUUGGAUACAUUUGCAAAAAGGCAAACUCUUCAUUAGAUGCUUCUAUUAUUCCUUCAGAUGGAUUUCAGUCAAUUAGCUGUCUGGAUGGCUGGGUUGCAUAUGCAGGUCACUGUUACCACCUUAGCAGAAACCCCAAGACAUGGAAGAGUGCCUUAUCAUCCUGUCGGAAGGAAGGUGGAGAUUUAAUAAGUAUACACCACAUUGAAGAAUACAGCUUUGUCAUAUCUCAGCUUGGCUACCAGCCAACAGAUCUUCUAUGGAUAGGACUGAAUGACCAGAAGACUCAGAUGUAUUAUGAAUGGAGUGAUGGCACUAAAGUGAAAUUCACCAAGUGGCAGAAAGGAAAACCCACACAAAUAAAUGAUGUCCAAAAUGAAUGUGUCAUCAUGAAUGGGGAGGGUGGAUACUGGGCAGAUUAUUUCUGUGAAGUGGAACUUGGUUACAUCUGUAAAAGAAAACCUUCAGGAGUUCUUCCUGAAGAACCUGAAACUGCUGAUCCAAAUUGCCAGAGAGGCUGGAAAAGGCACGGUACCUAUUGUUAUUUAAUUGGACAAACAUCUCUAACAUUUUCAGAAGCAAAGAUGUUCUGUGAAACAAAUAAGGGAUCUUUAACUUCUGUGGAGAACAGGUAUGAACAGGCCUACCUGACUAGUCUAGUUGGGCUUCAUUCUGAAAAAUAUCUCUGGAUCGGUCUUUCAGAUGUACAGCAACCAGGGACAUUUAUCUGGACCAGUGGAGACAGUGCUCUGUUCACCCACUGGAAUUCAGAAAUGCCUGGGCAACAUUCUGGCUGUGUUGCCAUGAGAACUGGGACUGCAGCUGGAUUGUGGGAUGUUGUGAACUGUGAGGAGAAGGCAACCUUCAUCUGCAAACAAUGGGCUGAAGGUGUGACAACAACUCCUGCCCCCAAACCAACUCCUCUGCAGCCGUGCCCAGUAGGAUGGCGUCCAAGCAGUACUAGAAAUGUGUGCUUUAAGGCCUAUACGAAAAACAAAAGUAAUAAGAAAUCUUGGUUUGAAGCACGAGAGUUUUGUAGAGCAGUUGGAGGAGAACUCAUUUCUAUUCACAGUGAAGAAGAACAGAAGAUUCUAGAAGAGAUGCGUUCCAGUGACAAUUAUUGGAUUGGUUUGAAUAAUGUGGAUCCUGAUAAAGGAUUUACUUGGAGUGAUGGAUCUAAUCUAAACUUUGAAAUGAGGAGCCCUUGGUUUUUCUAUGCACCAAAUGCAAAAUGUGGAGGAAUAGGACAGAAUUGGAAUCGUUGGAUCCCUUUCCACUGUGACAGUUUUCUGAGUUGGGUUUGCCAAAUUAAAAGAGGUGUACCGUUGAAACCUGAACCAAGCAAUGAUUUUGACUAUUCAUUCAAAAUAAUAGAUAAUGGCUGGAUUUUGUAUGAGGAACAUGAGUACUAUGUCAGUAAUACAAGUACAUCUGCAGAAAGAGCACGAGCAUUGUGCAAGAAGCAUGGUGGAGAUCUUACUGUCAUUGAAAGUGAAACUGAAAGAAAGUUUUUGUGGAAAUACAACAACUAUUAUGGAACUCACUCUGGUGACCUUUACAUUGGUUUAACUGUGGGUCUUGAUGGAGAGUUUGGCUGGUUGGAUCAAACUCCAGUGACCUAUGCGUCCUGGGCACCUGGUGAACCUAACUCUGGAAAUGAUGAUGAAACAUGUGUUGCUAUGAAGGCUAUCACAGGUUUAUGGUAUGAUACAAAUUGUGGUACUGCUAAUAAAUUCAUCUGUGAAAGGCAUAACAGUUCUGUCCGUUCAACUGUUGCUCCCACAAUGCCUGUACCUGUUGGGGCCUGUGCUGAUGGCUGGCUUUUUUUUAAUAACAAGUGCUUCCAACUGUUUGGGUUUAAUGAAGAAGACAGAAAAAAUUGGUCUGAUGCACGAACUGCUUGUAAAAAACAAGGAGGAAACUUGGCUUCUAUAACAAGCAAAGCUUUUCAAGCAUUCCUCACGGUACAUUUAAAAAGUGCUUCAACUGAUGCUUGGAUUGGACUGAAUGAUAUUCAUUCGGAGCACACAUUUCUGUGGACAGAUGGAAGUGGAGUCCACUAUUUAAACUGGGCCAAAGGUUUUCCACUUUUUCGGAGUGAAGACUGUGUUUUUAUGAUGAAGGAGCCUGAAAAGCAGGCAGGAAACUGGAAGGAUGGACCAUGUUCUGCUAAAAAAUCCUACAUUUGCCAAAGAAACACUGACCCUGCAUUAUCACACCCUGAAACGACAAUUUCAGCCUCUGGCUAUACUGUUUUUGGGAACAGCAGUUACUCUCUCAUUGGCCCCAAAAUGACAUGGGAAGUGGCCAGGAAAAAAUGUCAUUCUAUACAGUCAGAGCUUGCCAGCAUUGUGAAUCCAUACAUCCAAUCGUUCUUAUUGCUACACGUGUUAAAAUACAAGGAGCCCGUGUGGAUUGGCUUAAACAGCAAUAUGACUGGUGAGCGUUACAAGUGGAUAAGCAACCAGAGACUAGUAUAUACUGAUUGGGGCCCUGAAGAGCCAAAGCAGAAAAUAGCAUGUGUCUACUUACACCCUGAUGGUCACUGGAAAACAGGAAAUUGCAAUGAAACAUUCUUCACUGUCUGUGAGCGGCAUCAUGGCAAAAUCCCAACUGAACCUCCACAGGCACCAGGAAAAUGCCCUGAAUCAAAACAGAACCAGAUAUCUUGGAUACCUUUUCGGGCACAUUGCUAUAAAUUCUUCACUGGUUGGUUUGAUCGCCCGAGAGCACACUUCAAAUGUUCUCAGUUAGGUAGCACCUUGGCUUCAAUAGAAGAUUUAGCGGAACUGAAAUUUUUAGUGGAGCACACACAGCAAAACACACGUUGGAAUUAUUGGAUAGGAUUAAUUAGAAAUAUUGAAGGAGAAUGGUUAUGGGAAGAUAAGACUGAAGUAGAUUUUGUCAACUGGAAAGCAAAUGAGCCCACAUUCGAACCUGAAGAUUAUUCCUCUUACUAUAGUGGCAUCUGCGCUUACAUGAAGGCAGAUAAUGGGGAGUGGUACAAGGAACACUGCAGAAGAUCUAACGGAUUUAUUUGUAAAAGACACAAAAUUAUUGAAGAGACAACUAAGUCACCUACAAAAACUGCAGAGCAAGAAGAUAGUUCUGCAUCAGAACGUGGCCGAGUUAUAAAGGUGGUUUUCCCAGUGUUCUUCAUCCUCAUCCUCAUUGGUGCAGGCACUGCACUUUAUAUUGUCUACAGAAGAAGGUUUCGACAACAACAAACUACUGGUAGCUUUGACAACGCUUUGUAUCAUGACAAUAGGAUUCUUAUUCAGAAUAAUGAGUCAGAAGUGCACGUGGAGGACAAAGGAAUGUAAUGCUAUAUGCACUUACCUGUGAGUAAGUCCCAGAGAGCUCAAUAGGAGUUACUUCUGAAUUGACAGGUAUAGGAUUGCACUGUUUAUUCAUUCAUUUCCGAGAAAUAACCAUUGUUGGGAAUGGUUUGUCCCAAGCCUUAAUAUGCAAGGGUACUUUCUAUGAUCAUGCUUAUUAUGUGGAAUUCUCUGAAUGCAUAAUUAUUAUUUAGUGAAAACAUAUUCACAAAAUAUGUUCAAAUUAAAUAUUACUUGACUUGAAAAAUUAAGGAUUGUGUCGUCGUUAUCCUUUGGCAACCAAGGUACUGCACAAUAUUUUUGCCAUGCAUGAAAAAAAAAACCACUUGUCCGGUGUUGUAGAAAGAGCAAGGGGUGUAUCUCACCCUCUUCCACUCUUCCAGAAAAGAUAAUAAUCAAUAUGCUUUUUGUUCUUUUUAAAGGAUUCAAUAUGUGCAGCCCAGGUUCUGAUUCAGUACCUAAUUUUGUAUCCGAAGAUAGGCCUAUUUCUGAUUGCAUUGUAUGUCUAGCCUUUGCUUGUUUGGUGGCAUUUCUGCUUAUGGCUUAAAAUGGCAUGGUUUUAUUUGUUUUCUUAAAUAUGAUAGUGAAAUGUUUCUUUGUGUCCACCCUUGCACUUCUCCUCCAGAAGUGCCAAUCAUCAGUAUGAAAAUAGGCUUCCAUAUGUGCAGCCCAGGUGCUAAGUAAGAAAGAGUAACUGCAUACAUAGCACCUAGUUGUAAAUGCAUUUUCUUACCUAAGACUGUUUCUGCCUAUAGAGUGUCUUGUUAGAGGGCAUGUCUUUGGGUUAGGGUAUCGUUUAGCAGGUUUUGUUGGUAUUAUUAUUGCACCGAUCGUCUAAAAUCUUUUAAAUUGCUUUUAACUGCUUUUAAAGUUGUGUGUUUUUAAAAUCGGGGUUUUGUUGUUUCCAUUGAAAAUUGCAGUGGCGACCUCAGUGGCCCAGCUAUUCUCCUAUCUUGACAGGUUAGCCUAAAUUCUGUUAGCUAUGCUCUGGUAACCUCUAUGUUAGAUUAUUGCCACAUGUUAUAUGUGGGGUUGCUUCUGAAGACAGUUUGGAAACUUCAGCUGGUACAGAAUUCGGCAGCCAGGCUGUUCACCAAGGCAACAUGGUUUGAGCAUAUUGCACCAAUCCUGGCCCAAUUACACUUCAUUACAUAUCUUUAGGCAUUGGGCAAAAACAUUUUGCUUCAACCCGAACUUUGACUGAUUAACAUUCUAGGGCCUUUUAAAUGUGUUGUGGGGGUUUGUUUGUUUUUGUUAUAUUAACUAUUUUGUGCUCUCAUUUUGUAUUUUUAAGUUGUGAACCCCUCUGUGAUCUUUGGAUGAAAGGUGAUAUACAAAUCUAACUAACUAAC